UAAUAAUGUACAUCUAUAAUAUAGACGUUACAUAGAAUAUCCACCAGAAGUUGCUUUUAGUUGAAUGCUGUCUGGGGGCGCUGUCAAAACCCUCCCCAUUCAAGAUUUUCUCCACGGUACCAACAGGGAGAACCGCGUGUGUUUGUCUGACCAGGUUCCAUUGAGUUGACGGCAACACAUCACAGGGGGCGAAUGAAGAGGGGCGUCGAAAAAAUAGAGAAUUCAAACUCAACAUACCAGUCUUUGGGUUUGAGUUCAUGGAUCUGUGACGAUUAGACUAGGAGUUGAUUAUUUCGCUGUUAUUUUUAAUGUUGUUAAAGGUGUAGGGUAACUGUCGGCGAAGAUUUGAAUCAGAAUGCUGCUGGUCUGAAACAAAGGGGUCGGGACUCCGGCGUGUUGCAGUGGUAAAAGCAGGUUGAAAGGGUGGACAGUGGCCACAACUCACCACUGACAAGAUGGAGCGGGAGGAGCAGUGGUGGACGUGCCAACUCGCUGCAGACAUCCACCAGUCUCUACGAAUAAAGGAGCUGAAGUUGCCUACCUACAAGGCCCACUCUCCUCAGAUCAGGAUGCGGCGUUACUUUGCUGACCUGCUGGCUGUCCUCAGUAACCGCUACCAGCUGUGCCCAGUGGCUCGCCACCUGGCCGUCUACUUCCUGGACUUGUUUAUGGACCACUACGACGUGGCAGUCCGCCAGCUCUACGUCAUCGCCCUCUCCUGUCUCCUCCUAGCCAGUAAGUUUGAGGAGAAGGAGGACUGUGUGCCAAAGCUGGAGCAGCUCAACUCUCUGGGCUUCAUGUGUAGUCUGAACCUGUCACUGACCAAGAAGGAUCUGGUCAAGAUGGAGCUGCUUCUCUUAGAGACGUUUGGCUGGAACCUGUGUAUGCCCACGCCUGCACACUUCAUAGACUACUACCUCCAUGCUGCUGUACAGGACGGAGACCUGCACAACGGCUGGCCUCUCUCCUCCCUCAACAAGACCAGAGCCUUCAUGGACAAAUACACACACUACUUCCUGGAAGUCUCACUGCAAGACCAUGCCUUCCUGGGCUUCCGGCCGUCCCAGGUGACGGCAGCUUGCAUCGCGGCGUCCCGCAUCUGUCUCCAGAUCACCCCCAGCUGGACCACCGUCCUCCGCCUGCUCACCGGAUACUCCUGGGACCACCUCACCCAGUGCAUAAAGCUGAUGCUGCUUGCCCAUGAUAACGAUGUGAAACAGGCCAACAAAUCCAAGUCCAACUCUUCAUCUGUCCAGAGCCCUCUCCAACCCCAGGCCCAUCCCUCACCCUCCACAGUCUCCUGCUCCACCCUGAUGCAACCCUCUUCUGGCUCCCAGCAGAUGCUCUUCCAGACAGGCGGCUACCAGCAGCACCUCACCCAGCACUCCACUUCCGUUUCCCAGAUGCACAUGCUAGGUGAGUCCCAGGCUCUGGGCCCUAUUGGGUCUCGGGACUACCUCCAGUCCCACCAGACAGGGCUCCUCUCAGGCUCGGUUUCUCAGGGAACCUUCCCCCCUUUCCCCAGCCUGACCUCAGGACUGGGCUCCUCCCUGCCCCUCCAGGGACCCAUCUCCAUGCAAGUGGUCCUUGCUGCAGAGCCCCGUCACUGUCUCGGCCUGUCCUAUGGGGGAGGCUACCUGGGCUCCCAUCACGCCUUCACAGCAGACUGCUUCGACAGGUGACGCCAGGAGAGGGAGGAUGAACUGAACCUGGGUCAGUCAGUGUCCUCCACCUGUCCUGCCUCCCUGUCCUCCUCCACCUGUCCUGACCUCAUCCAACAAGGACGAAGCAAACCAAAAGCAUUGACCUAACAAAGGUCCUAACUAUUUGAAGUGACACAAUAUUUGUGAUGAGGUGUUUACAUACAGUAUGUUCUGUUCCUUUCACACGACUGCUUGAUCUAUACUGAGAGACUGUGAGGCUGGUUUGACCACUGUGAUUCUGAUAUGAACAGUGGUUGUGUGGAGCCCCUGCUUCCACACCAUUUCUCUCAAUGUGGGACAUCUGUUUUUUUUUAUACUACUAUCUUUCAAUGCUGCUGACAAAACGAUGGCUUUAUGAUCAUGCAAGUGGUCUGUCCUUGGUAUUGUUUACAUCCGUGGUUCUCAAACCUCUCCUCAGGGACCGCCAGACAUUUCACUAUUUUGUUGUAGCUCUGAACUAGCUCCCCUGAUUUACCUAUUCAAGGGCUUGAGGAUUAGUUGACAAGUUGAAUCAGGUGUUAGCUCUAGAAUAAAUAAAAUGCCUGGAACGGCUGGGGGUCCCUGAGGAGAGGUUGGAGGACCACUGGUUUACAUGAACAAUACCAUAUAUCAGGGUGCUUGACGGAUUACUUGGGGGGGGGGGGUUGACACAGCUGUGUCAAUUAAUUCAUGUUUUAAUGUUUAACUUGUACUGGUUAAAGACGUGUGUGUUGUUGGAGAGAUGUCUCACUGAGAUUUCUGAUAUAUUCUUUGUCCUUGGCUGCUGUUUUAUUUAACCUUUUAUUUAAUUAGGCAAGUCAGUUAAGAGCAAAUUCUUAUUUACAAUGACGGCCUACCCCCGGACGAAGCUGCGCCAAUUGUGCGCCGCCCUAUGGGACGGCCGGAUGUGAUACAGCCUGGAUUCGAACCAGGGACUGUAGUGAUGCCUCUGGCACUGAAAUGCAGUGCCUUAGACCGCUGUACCACUCGGGAGAAGACUCAGUCUUGUUUUUCUGUUCUGGUGCCUCUGCAGGCAUGGAGCCAUGAUGUCCAGAGGAACAGACACAUCUGUCCUCUCAGCAAAUCAAACCACAGGGGAGGAAGUGAUACUUUACUAGCUAGUCUCCGGGGGGGUACCUGCCUGGUACCAUUUAAUAUGUGUGUCUUUGACUGAAACCCAUGCCAGUCACACAGCCCUCUCUGGAACGGCUUCUGCUGCUCUCAUUGUCACAAACACCUUGAGCAGUUAAUGAAGCCAUGAAAAUGUUGCUGCACGGGAUAUCUUGUAGCAUCCAUCAUCUAUGUUCUGUAUUACUGCUCUGUUGGAGAUAGAAACACGAGUAUCACGCUGCACAGGAUAUCUUGUAGCAUCCAUCAUCUAUGUUCUGUAUUACUGCUCUGUUGGAGAUAGAAACACGAGCAUCACGCUGCACAGGAUAUCUUGUAGCAUCUAUGUUCUGUAUUACUGCUCUGUUGGAGAUAGAAACACGAGCAUCACGCUGCACAGGAUAUCUUGUAGCAUCUAUGUUCUGUAUUACUGCUCUGUUGGAGAUAGAAACACGAGUAUCACGCUGCACAGGAUAUCUUGUAGCAUCCAUCAUCUAUGUUCUGUAUUACUGCUCUGUUGGAGAUAGAAACACGAGCAUCACGCUGCACAGGAUAUCUUGUAGCAUCUAUGUUCUGUAUUACUGCUCUGUUGGAGAUAGAAACACGAGCAUCACGCUGCACAGGAUAUCUUGUAGCAUCUAUGUUCUGUAUUACUGCUCUGUUGGAGAUAGAAACACGAGUAUCACGCUGCACAGGAUAUCUUGUAGCAUCCAUCAUCUAUGUUCUGUAUUACUGCUCUGUUGGAGAUAGAAACACGAGCAUCACGCUGCACAGGAUAUCUUGUAGCAUCUAUGUUCUGUAUUACUGCUCUGUUGGAGAUAGAAACACGAGCAUCACGCUGCACAGGAUAUCUUGUAGCAUCUAUGUUCUGUAUUACUGCUCUGUUGGAGAUAGAAACACGAGCAUCACGCUGCACAGGAUAUCUUGUAGCAUCUAUGUUCUGUAUUACUGCUCUGUUGGAGAUAGAAACACGAGUAUCACGCUGCACGGGAUAUCUUGUAGCAUCCAUCAUCUAUGUUCUGUAUUACUGCUCUGUUGGAGAUAGAAACACGAGUAUCACGCUGCACCCACGGUAACAUCUACAAAUCUGUGUGAAUGUGACCAAUAAACUUUGAUUAGCACAUACAACUACUGAUGUCCUACCUUGGUCACUCUCCAGGGUUGUCGUGUUAUUACAACAAACCUGCUGGAAAAUUCACCUUGCUGGGUCAGAUGGAUGGAGUUGCCACCAAACACCAGAUUCUAUAAAAUGAGUAAAAAUAUAGUUGACCAUAAGAUGUUUUGUGAUUAUUGGUUACCUUGGAUACGACCCAUUGAAUGUCAGUAGGAAUAUCUCCGACAAUUGAAGAACAGAAGUAAAAAAUAACAAAGUUUUACUUUUUUCUUUGAAGCUUACAUGGAAUAUUGCCGCGUUCACAUGCUAGUCGGAAUAAGGGAACUCUUGACAUUUCUGCACGUGUAUAACUACAACCAGUUAGCAAGUGGGAAAUGUCAGAGUUUCCCAAUCCCGACUAGCAUGUGAACGCGACGUUUGUAUGGUGAGUCAUGGCGCUGUCAUUUAGUGACGUCUAAGUCCAGGCAGGCCAGACAUGCUGUUACCAUUUAGCCAAGGACACGUGGGUCCAGUGUCCGUGUCCCAGGCUUGAUGGGGUGAGACGUUUUUGUUUUUAUAGAGUAUUAAAUAUUUUCCACUGAUCACAUCCUGACCACAAUGUCUGUCUGCUUCCACUACUGUUGACAAAUGGCACGAAGGACCCACAGGCCUCUAGUUUAGUGGGUCUCAGAUAACAAAACCAUUCUUCUGCGUACCUUAACUUUGUCCUACCUCAAUAUAUAGUGCAGCGCUUGUUUUAUCAUUAGACCAAAUGUUUGUACAUUUAUAUUUGAUGUACCGUACAUUUUUAUCUUGUUUUUUCAUAAAUUUUUUUACUGUGUUUUGUUAGAAUAGAUGAGUUCAAUGCACCAUCAAAGACCAAUGUACUGUAUCUUGUGUGAUCUGUAGCCUAACGGUUGGUCAUUUGAGAUAAGACUACUUUCAAUCACACCGCCAUCUAAUGUUUUAAAGGUUAUUUUAUUUGAUUUUUCGUUAAUGUUUAUUAGUACUUGUGUUUUUAACUGCUUGAAGACAGUGGAUUUCUUUACCUUUAAAUGAAAAGGUUGUACAUCGUAACCACCUCGUAGCCUCAACACUUGAAAUCCAAGUGGCCCGACUACAUCUACUUCGAUGGUACAAUGAUUACAGCAGGAGAAGCACAUCGGGGAAGGGAAUCAAAAAAGAGUGUUUACUCUGUCAAAUGAGGUGCAAAUAAAACCCCAAAAUAAAUCCAGUC